ACUUUUUGGUGAGGCACAAUGAAGCAUAUGAAGCUUGGGUCGAAGCCGGAUGUCUUUCAGACAGAGGGCAGCAAUAUCAGGUUUGUUGCAACAGAGCUGGCAACAGAUAUUGUUAUCUCCAUAGGAGAUGUCAAGUUUUAUCUUCACAAGUUCCCUCUUUUGUCAAAGAGUUCACGAUUGCAAAGAUUAGUAGCUUCAAGUAAUGAGGAAAGCAGCGAUGAAGUGGAUAUAUCAGACAUUCCUGGUGGACAUUCAGCAUUUGAAAUCUGUGCCAAGUUUUGUUAUGGCAUGAUUGUAACACUCAACGCAUAUAAUGUUCUUGCUGCUCGUUGCGCAGCUGAGUACCUAGAAAUGUUGGAGACCAUUGACAAAGGAAAUCUUAUCUACAAAAUUGAUGUGUUCUUGACAUCAAGCAUAUUUCGAACCUGGAAAGACUCAAUCAUAGUUCUACAAAGUACAAAGUCGUUGCAGCCAUGGUCUGAGAAUUUGAAGGUAAUCAACCAAUGCAUCGACUCUAUUGCAUCAAAGGCGUCAACUGAUCCAUCAGAGGUUGAAUGGUCAUACACGUACAACAGAAAAAAACUCCAAUCCGAGAAUGGUGUCGAUUCUCACUGGAACGGAGUCAGGAUGCAACAAAUGGUCCCUAAGGACUGGUGGGUUGAGGACCUUUGUGAACUCGAGAUGGAGUUGUACAAGCGCGUGAUCCUAACAAUCAAGGCAAAGGGAAGAAUUCAUGCUAUAGUUAUUGGAGAAGCACUGAGAGCCUAUGCAUUCCGACGGCUGCUUGGUUCCCUGGAAGAUGCUGUGAGCAAUGGAACUGAUUGCACAAAACGUCGUGUGGUUCUCGAAAACAUUGUAUUUCUGCUGCCCACUGAGAAAGGUUCAGUGUCAUGUGGUUUUCUUCUUAAACUACUAAGAGCUGCAUGCUUGCUGGAAUCUGGUGAAUCUUAUCGUGAUAACUUGGUCAAGAGAAUAGGCACGCAACUGGAUGGUGCUUCAGUUGUGGACCUUCUUAUACCAGCAGCUAGUGGUGAAAACUGUUUGUAUAAUGUUGACCUGAUUAUGGCAAUAGUUGAGCAGUUCAUGUCACAUCAUAGUGAUAAUGGUAAAUUGAGUUUUGAAGAUGACGAUGAAAUUGUGGAAGUUGAGAAUUUUGCUUCUGUUUCCAUCACAUCAAAGUUGGCAGUUGCAAAAUUGAUAGAUGAGUAUCUUGGUGAGAUUGCGAAAGAUCCCAAUUUGCCUGUUUUGAAGUUCAUUGAACUUGCUGAAAUGGUGUCUGCCACAUCCCGGCAAACACAUGAUGGACUAUAUCAUGCCAUCGACAUGUAUCUAAAGGAGCACCCAAGCCUACCAAAGAGUGAAAAGAAGAGAUUAUGCGGAUUGAUGGACUGCAAGAAGCUGUCCCAGGAGGCAUGCAUGCACGCUGUGCAGAAUGAGCGGCUUCCACUGCGUGUGGUUGUGCAAGUCCUCUUCUUUGAGCAAGUCCGAGCAUCGGCUGCUUCUGCAAGGAGUGACUCUGCUGCCGAUCUUUCAUUGGCUGUCCAUUCGCUUCUUCCCAGAGAGAACGGCAACUCGUAUGGCAGCUCUAGAUCAGCUGCCACCACAACAACUGAAGAGGAUGGUAGCGGAGUCCCAACAUCCAGUGACAUCAACUCUUUCAGGUCGAUGAGGCUUGCCACAAACGGUGCUGGCAGCGAGAGGAGCAGCGCUAGCAGCGAGAUCAACAAGAACAGUGAGGACAAGAGCACCACCGGUAAGGCGAAAGCGAUGCUGAUGCCUAAGAAGAUGCUAAGCAAGCUCUGGUCUGGGAAGACAACAAAUGUUGGUGAGAACAGCGGCUCAGAAACAUCGGAGAGCCCUGGGUCUGCCAACAAUACGGAGGAGGUAAAGUCGACGCCGUCACGGAACACGAGGCGCUCGAUGUCCUAGCCGCUUGCCCUCAUAGUUUCUCUUUGAUUUUGUUUUUUUUUUCCUUUACACGAGAGGUAGCAAUCUUAGGAUGUGGAAUACUACUGACUUGUCCAGUCGCCGAUGAUGUUUUUGUAGCAUUCUUGCUAGUAAUUGCUGUAGCCCCCUAGAGGUCUGGUCAUUGGUGUUCAGGAAACACGUUUCAUAAGAUAAAUCUGUAAUGUUUCUUCAGUGAUAGUAGUAUAAAGGAAGUCGUUUUUGGA